AUGAAUGUGUUAUGCUGGAACUGCCGCGGGCUUGGGAACCCACGGUCAGUUCGAUCUCUUCAGUUUCUACUGAAAACAGAAGUUCUUGGGCUGGUUUUUCUCAUGGAGACCAAGAUCGAUUCGAAGCAUGUGGAUGGGAUUCGACAAAAACUGGGAUUUUGUGGUGGUUUUUAUGUUAACCGAGUUGGACUUGCGGGCGGACUUGCUUUGUUAUGGCCAGCGGCUAUCCAGGUUAGUGUGAAAAGUCAUUCGGUUGGUCAUAUUGAUGUAUUUGUGGACUCUGGAUUGGGGGAACACCCUUGGAGAUUUAUAGGAUUUUACGGACACCCGGAAAUGGCACAACGGAAAAAUUCUUGGGCAUUAUUGCGGAGACUAGCAACAUGCUUCCAAAUGCCUUGGCUUUGUGCGGGUGAUUUUAAUGAAAUUUUGUUUUGUCGCGAGAAGUGUGGCGUCGUGGGGCGUAGUCCAUCCCAAAUGGAACAUUUUCGGAAUGUUGUUGCAAAUGCACACCUGGCUGAUCUGGGUUUUGUUGGGCCAAUUUUCACUUGGUCCAAUAACCGAGGUGGCAACACUUUGGUUCGGGAGCGAUUGGACCGUGGGUUUGCUAAUGAUGCUUGGCAACUCUUGUUUCCACAUGCAAAGGUUUAUCCUAUGGCAUGCACAUCCUCCAAUCACUUACCUAUUUGUGUUGACAUUUGUGGGGUUAAAGAACAACGUCAAUCUCUUGCUAGUGGUCAUCGCAUGUAUCGGUUCGAAGCUAUGUGGCUACGGCAUGCAAGUUGUGAGCAAGUAGUUGCCGAUAAUUGGUUGCCUUCUUCUAAUGCGAAUGUUCGAAGUUUGGUGUCUACUAUUGCACAUGUAAGUUCUUCGUUGCGACGGUGGGAUCGUAAUGUUUUUGGAUGUGUCAAGCGACAGUUAAAGGAGAAAACCGAUCAAUUACAGCGGUUGCUUACGCUAAGUUCCAAUUUUCCGGACGAUGUUGCAGAAAUGUGUAAGCUACGUUGUGAUAUUGAUGAGCUUUUAGAACAGGAAUCUAUUUUUUGGGGUCAACGUGCUCGGGCUAAUUGGCUAAAGGAUGGGGACCGUAAUACUUCAUUUUUUCAUUCCAAGGCCACCCAACGUCAUAAGCAGAAGAAAAUUGCUGGUAUUAUUGAUCCUAAUGGAAUUUGGCAAGAGGAUCAAAGAGUGGUGGAGGACAAUUUUGUGAAUUAUUUUCAGGAAUUAUUUUCGGCGGGUGAGGGACUGAACAUGGGCCCAAUAUUGCAGUUGAUUCAGGAGAGAGUUUCCGAUCACAGUGCAUCUCAAUUGAGUAGACCAUUUUCUGAAGUUGAGGUCCACCAUGCGCUUUUCCAAAUGCAUCCAACGAAGGCUCCCGGGCCCGAUGGUAAGCCUGCUUUAUUUUUUCAAAAAUUUUGGCAAGUGGUGGGUCCUAGUGUGAGCUCUGUGGUGCUUGGGGUGUUGAAUGGGGUUGAUGAGAUUUCACAUAUUAAUCAUACCUUCAUUGUGCUGAUUCCUAAAAUUAAGAAUCCCAAGCUCAUGUCAGAAUUUCGGCCAAUUAGUUUGUGUAAUGUUGUCUAUAAAAUAAUUUCAAAAAUGUUGGCCAAUCGUCUUAAAGAGGUGCUGCCUUCUGUAAUUUCCGACACUCAAAGUGCGUUUAUUCCGGGCCGUCUCAUUACUGAUAAUGCAUUGGUGGCAUUCGAAGUGUUCCAUUUUCUCAAGAAUAAGAGAGCCGGAAAGGAUGGUUGCCUGCCGUUGAAACUUGACAUGAGUAAAGACUAUGACCGAGUGGAAUGGCCAUUUAUUAAUCAAAUGAUGCUCCUAUUAGGAUUUCCGCAACGGUUUGUGCAACUACUUAUGAAUUGUGUGUCCACUAUUUCUUUUUCUGUGCUUGUUAAUGGGAAGCAUUCCAGAAUGUUUUACCCAACAAGGGGCCUCCGCCAAGGGGAUCCGCUUUCGCCUUAUUUGUUUACUAUUUGUGCGGAAGGAAUGUCGGCGCUCCUCGCCCAUGCUAUGGCAGCUAAUCGGUUGUCCGGAAUUUCAAUUUGCCGGGGUAGUCCACGCUUGUCGCAUUUAUUUUUUGCCAAUGAUAGUCUUCUAUUUGCGGCUGCUAAGGAAGAUGAGGUGGGUGUUUUGCGAGAUAUUCUCCAAAAGUAUGAGCAAGCAUCGAGGCAGAAAAUUAAUUUCCAAAAAUCGGCUGUUUGUUUUAGUAAAAAUACGGACUUGGUUACUCAGCGAGUGGUGACAUCUAUUCUUGGGGUGGGUUCAUUGGCGUCGUACGGGAAAUAUUUGGGGCUACCAUAUUGUGUGGGGCAUUCUAAGCGCGCCGUUUUGGGGUUUGUUAAGGAGCGCGUAUGGACUCGAUUAAAUGGUUGGAAGGAAAAAAUUUUAUCGGUGGCGGGUAGAGAGGUACUCAUUAAGUCUGUUGCUCAAGCCAUACCCACUUAUAUUAUGUCCUGUUUUCGCCUCCCUGAUGGAGUGUGCCAUGAAAUUGAGUCUAUGGUGUGCAAUUUUUGGUGGGGACAAAAAGAGGAAACCCGUAAAAUUCAUUUGACUAGCUGGAAACAAUUGUAUAAGUCUAAAUUACAGGGUGGUAUGGGAUUUCGGUGCCGUCAACAUUUCAAUUCAGCUUUGUUGGCCAAACAGUGUUGGCGAUUAGUGCAGCAGCCUCAAUCUUUGGUUGCGCGGGUCUUUAAGGCUAGGUACUUUCCUCAAACUUCAUUUCUUGAGGCUUUGGUCGGGAGUAAUCCAUCUUUCACCUGGAGGAGUAUAGUCGGAUCUCGAAGUCUAUUAAAUGUUGGGCUUCGAUGGCGUGUUGGGAAUGGUGCGAACAUCUCGGUUAAGUAUGAUAAAUGGGUUCCACGGCCUCACUCUUUUAAGGUAAUUUUGCCACCUUCAACUCUUUCGGAUGAUGCGCGGGUUAGUGAUUUGAUUGAUUCUGAGAAGGGUGCAUGGAAGACCCAUGCCAGUGCUGGUGUUGGCAUUAUUAUUCGGGACUAUCAUAGGGAAGUCAUUGCGUCUAUGGUUGAGCGGAUCCCGUAUAUGGAGGAUGUUGAUUGUGUGGAAGCUAUGGGUGCGAUAAAAGCUCUUCAAUUGGGAUGUGAUUUGGGGUUGGGGCAUAUUCAUCUUGAAGGUGAUUCUCAAAAUGUGGUGGCUGCAAUUCAAGGUAAGGCGGAUAAUUUAUCUUGCUAUGGUCAUUUUGUGGGUGUGGCUCAAGCGCUUCUCUUGCGGUUUCUUUCUUCAUCGGUUUCGCAUGUUUGUCGAGAUGGCAAUUCGGUGGCUCAUUGUUUAAGUAGGCUAGCCUUUGAUUUUGAUUCGCCAUGUGUUUGGAUGGAGGAGGUUCCUUCCUUUUUAAUGGCGUUGGUGAUGUCUGAGGCGUCUUCUUCUGUGUAA